AUGGCCAAAAAACAGUCAAUGCCACUCAGUCAGCUGUUUGACAUAACCGUCAAUGAGUCGAACAAAGAGAUCAACAAGAAGAAUAUUGCAAGUAUCGUAAAGGUAGCUGCUUCUGUUUCGAACGCUCCUGCAGUUAUUCGAGUGCUUAUAGUAAAUAAGAUGAAAGCCUACUGCACAGGGUUCAUUCCAAUCAAAGAAAUGUUUUAUACGUUGAGUCUAGCUGGUGACUUAUUUGACAAUGCGGCUCCUUUCCAAGCUCAGGUGUGUCACAAGGAGUUUACUGCAAUGUUCGAAUUAUCCACAAACAUCGGAAAAAUAAGAAAAAGUACUCCACCUGAUAUGGUUCAAGAAAAGGCUUUGAGUCUCCUCUUAAAUUGGGGUUCAGUCCAUGGAAGUUCAUGCCCAGAGUACAAGUCGAUGUAUGAAAAAUACGAGAAAAAGGGAUUUUUCAAGAUUCUUGAAAAGGAAGGCGUCACAGACGACGAAAAGAACGCACUUGAAAAAAUGAGUAUAGCAGACUUGGCUUCAGAGAUCACCAAAAUUGGUAAAGAGAUCCAAGUUGCCCUCACAAAGGAACCAUCAACUACAAACACAAACAAUGCAAAGGUCCUUCAUAAAAAGGCGUCUGCACUGAAGUCGACGUUUGAAGACACAUUUGCGAAGUAUCAGCAGACACCACACACACCCGAAGAAGUUGAAAAGUACAAAAAACUCAAUUCGGAAUUUGGGACAUAUGUCUCACAGAUUGAAAUCAUCUCGAAAACAUCAAAUUCUAAAAAGAGAAAUUCCCUCACACUUACUACAGAUAAGAAGGAUAAAAAGGGUCUCAAAAUUAAGGUGACUGGCGACAAAGCAGACAAGAAAGAAAAAAAGCACCACGGACUCUUUGGAAGAAAGAAACCCAAAAAAGGAGAUGUAGACGAUGACAGCGAAGAAGAAGAACAAUGCCAGAGUGUCUUGUAA